AUGGCGGCUUCAUCACAACAGAAAGACAGCUUGACGCUCAAGAUUUACCUACGACCUACCACUGCUCUACCACCACCAGCAUUCGGUCCACUAGGGUUGUCGUCCUACUUGCUCGACCAAGAACCAAGCGUAGCAAGCAAUCUAAGAAUCGAAUACGAGGAUGGUCUCACUGGCCCUGGCAAGGACAAGAGCUGCAGUAUCGUCUCCACCAACCCAGAUCGAGCUACUCAGGCUACCGACUCACUGGAUUGUCUCAGCUUGCUUGCCAAGACUUUUUUACCCGCUUCAAGUAAUACUACCGAUGACCAGACCGAACGAAUCUUCAAGAUCUUAGCACCUUCCUUCGAUCCAGUCCAAGCCAAAGAUAUGAAUACCCUCACCAAGAUUGCCAACCAAAUCGACCACCAUCUGACUCUCCGUACAUUCCUAGUUGGUUACUCAAUAUCAGAAACAGAUUGGUCACUCUGGGGACUGAUCAAGUCAUCUAGCACAUUCAAUGCGCUUCUCAAACGAGCUCAACAUCCACAUCUCUCGAGGUGGUUCAGCUUUAUCGACUGCUUACCAUCCAGCAAAUCAACCAUCACUACCUUACAGGAUCAGAUCAAGAAUUCCGUCAAGGGUCGCUCCAAGGCUGGCGUGGCUUCUGUGAAUUUCGAUGGCGGACUACCCGGUGCGAUCAAGGGACAAGUCGUGACGAGGUUCCCACCCGAACCCUCUGGCUAUCUUCACAUCGGACACUGUAAAGCUGCUAUCCUCAACCAGCAUUAUGCUAAGAUUUACGAUGGGAAAUUCUUGGUCAGAUUUGACGAUACAAACCCAAGUAAGGAAAAGGAAGAAUUCCAGGAUGCAAUUUUGGAAGAUCUUGGAUUAUUGGGUGUGAAAGGAGAUCGAAUGUCAUAUACCUCAGACUACUUUGAUCAAUUAUACGGCUAUGCCACCGAGAUGAUCUCAAAAGGGAAGGCUUACUGUGACGACACCGAGCAAGAAGUUAUGAAAAAUCAGCGAAUGGCCCGGCAGCCUUCUCAGCGACGUGAUUCAACUACCGAGGAAAACCUCUCAAGAUUUGAAGAGAUGAAACUAGGUACCCCUGAGGGUUUAAGAUGGUGUUUACGUGCCAAGAUCAGAUACGAUGACUUGAACGGAACGUUGAGGGAUCCAGUAAUCUAUCGAUGUAAUGUUCUUCCUCAUCACCGAACUGGUGAGAAAUGGAAAAUCUAUCCAACCUAUGACUUUGCUUGUCCGAUUGUCGAUUCAAUUGAAGGGGUUACUCAUGCUCUGAGGACUAACGAGUAUCGGGAUCGAAACCCACAAUACUGGUGGAUGCAAGAAGCCUUAGGAUUGAGACGAGUUGAAAUAAAGGAUUUCGCUCGAGUGAACUUUGUUUACACACUCCUUUCAAAGCGUAAAUUGAAGUGGUUUGUAGAGACUGAUCGAGUCAGAGGGUGGGAUGAUCCUCGCUUUGCAACUGUCCGAGGUAUUCGCCGACGAGGAAUGACGAUCCAAGCGAUGAGAGACUUCAUGAUUGGUCAAGGUGAUUCCCAACAGCAAGUCAAUAUGGAAUGGGAUGUUUUAUGGAGUAUCAAUAAACGAAUCAUCGACCCAAUCGUUCCUCGACAUUUCGCGAUUUCCAAUACCAACAAGGUCAGUGCUGUCAUUAAGGGCGGUCAGGGCGAGGCCUAUGUCGAAAGUUUACCGGCCCACAAGAAGAACCCCGAAGUUGGGUCGAAGAAAGUUACUUACAGUCCAACGAUUUAUAUCGAACAAAGUGAUGCUACAUGUUUUGAUGUUGACGAAGAGAUCACUUUAAUGGAUUGGGGUAAUGCAAUUAUCAGAGUUAAAUCGACUGGACCUGAUGGAUUGGUUACAGGGCUUGAAUUGGAGUUACAUUUGGCGGGAGAUUUCAAGAAGACGAAGAAAAAAGUACAUUGGUUGACGACUGAUGAAGCCGGCUCGACCCCAUCUGGCGCGGGAUUGCAAAACGUAGUCUUACUUGAUUAUGACUAUUUGAUUACGAAGAGGAAGAUUGAAGACGAUGACGAAAUCGAUGAUUUCAUCACUCCUGUAAGUGAGUUCAGAGAGGACGCCAUCGCCGAUGGUAACAUUCGAACGAUGAAGAAAGGGGAAAUCUUGCAAUUUGAGCGGAAGGGUUAUUAUAUCAUUGAUAAGCCCCUUGGUGAAGAUACCACUCUAGCUACUGGAAGUGGAAAGGAUUGGAUCGAACUGAUCAAAAUUCCUGAUGGACGAGCUGCUGGUAUUGCCAGUAAAGCCGCCCCUCCGAGUGCUGCUCCUCCGAAAACCAACAAAAAAGUCGCAGCGAAAUCGGAAACUGUGGCAGGAGACUCUAAGGAUAUAAUGUUCAAGGUCGAGCCUGUCUAUGGAAACGACGAGAAUGACCGGCUUCCUGUGACAACAAAGAUGUAUAAAGUCGAUAACAUUUACCACAGUUAA